AUGGACGGAAUCGGGCCUGAAGUUGAGGUGUUCGCGAACAUUCUCGACGAUUGCCUGGCGAAUCAAGGCACCGAUGACGACAAACGCGCAAGGGUCUUGGGGCUGGUAAAUGCAUACCACGACUAUGCCGCCGAAAAGCUGUCGCAGCUGCGCAAGCCACGCCGCCAGAACUCAAUUGGCGACAACGAGAUGGACCUGGACGAUGAAGAAGAGGCCGAGGCUGCGGCAAAUUCAGAAGAGAUUCGAGUAUGGGAGCAAGAAAGACAGACAUGGGAUCUCGUUCGUCGCCUUAUCCCCCUGAGAUAUUCGGUCCGAACCUCGACGAACCAGCAGGCUACGAACAAUGGAGAAGAUCUGUGGAGGGCAUUCCUCGCAAACGACCAGUUGGCCACGGAGAGGAAGACCAUUCUCGAAUGGUUACAACAAGGCGCGAGAGCUGGCCCUGACAUCGACGACCUCGUACGAGAGCUCCAGCAAAACGCCGACAGAGGGGACAUCAUCGCUCACGGUUGGAUACACACAAGGUCUGCCAUCAAGUUGCAGAAGAGUGUGAUUGGUUCUUCACGCCCGCUUGAUGUGCAUUUUCCGGAGGUCGCACGCUCUCUAGUCAACUCAGACAAGGCGCCACUCGUUGCCGAACUAGACCCAGACUCUGUGAUCAGACAAGGCCGGAAGCUGGAGCCACAGGAUGAGUACUUUGAGAGGGCCAUCUGGGUGGGCUGCUUCCAGCUUCUUCGAAGAGGCUGUAGUUUAGAGACUACGCGGGAGUGGUGCUUGGAGAGGACGGAGAUUUGGAGGGCUGUGUCCAUGUCCGCCUUGCCUCUUGCAAAUGACCAUGGGGAGACCAUGCUUGUUGACGACCCUUCAGCGCUUGCUCUUUGGAGACGCAUGUGUUUUGCCCUUGCUCGUCAAGGAGGUACCGAUGAUAUCGAGAGAGCAGUAUAUGGGGUGCUGUCAGGAGACAUACCUAGCGUGCAAAGGGUAUGCCAGACUUGGGACGACUUCAUGUUCAUGCACUACAACGCUCUGGUUCGCACGCAGUUCGACACUUUCCUCCUAAGCCAAUGCUCCCCGGAAGCAUCAUCAACCAUCCGGUCAUCAUUCGCCGCUUUUGACGCAGUCCAGUUCCAUGGCGAUGCCGCAACGUUGGAGCAACGCUUGAUCCGCAACCUUGAGACAAGCCCGCACACGAGCAAGGAAGCUCUGGAGCCUAUCAAGGCACUACAGGCCGCCAUUAUCUCGAAAGACCUCCAACGACACUUCUACGAGCAGGGUGUGGCCAUCACACAGAAGGCGAAUUCCAAGGAGGCAUCUGCGCUCAUGCCCGAUCAUAACUGUCGCAACGUCGACGUAGUGACGGAAAAGUUCGCCGACAUCAAGAAUCCUGAUGGCCUGCGAAUUGCUGUUCACGCACUCAUCAUCUUUGAUACGCUGGAUAAACUCGGCACUCUGAAAACAAACACCGUAACAAUGAGUUCGGAUCAUGACCGUCGUGAAUUGCAAGAGAACACGAUUACGCAGUACAUUAGCUUGCUCCGUCUAGCAGGCUUGGAGGAGUUGAUACCACUGUACUGCUCCAGGCUUCACCCAUCGAGAGCCUUCCAAGUGUUGAGCACAAACCUACUUCCCAUCACCGAUAGCGAAGCUCGUCAGGAGCAGCUCGCCUUCAUUCACAAAGCAGGACUGGACGUGGUGGAAUUCGUCAAGGCACAACCACAGUUCUUGUUCCAGACCUUGGACCCCGAUACUGCGCAAAACGGCGCCAUGCGGGAGUUCCAGAUCAUGGACGAUGGCCCGGCGUCCUUGAAGUACGGACGUUCCAUCAAAACAGACUUCUUCGGUGAAGAUCCCGAAUCCAUUGAUUCGGUCGACGAGCGGUUGAUCCGCAUUUUGCGUAUGCGCUCAAGCGAUUUCCCUGAGCAAGCAGAAGACGAACUCUGGUGGACACAAGAUGGAGAAUUCUGGGUUAACCAGCUCGAAGGCGCGGGUGCGAUGGACCUCUCGCCAAGUCAAGUAGUAUCGGACGCCAAGGUAUUACACGAACUUGAGUGUCUUGUCAGAGCCUUGGACACAAUGGAGACUGUCGCUUCACUGGCGGAACUGUCAAGAGAGUAUGGAGACCUGACCUUUGGCUACAGCAUCUUGCUAACCACUUGCAGGGACCCGUCUGUCAAACGAGAUUUCUGGGCGAAGGUUGGCAACGAGGUUAAGGCAGCCAAAGAACACGUACGACCGCUACUGGAUGACUGGCUUGGUUGUCAAGGUAAUCCGUACUCCUCAUCUCACGUCUUCCAGAGAACUGAUACGCUCGUGACAGAAGAUCAAGACUUACAAGCGCUGCGGGAAGCAUAUCUUCCUGAGACACUUCUCGCCUACGUCAGCACGCUCCAUUUCGCCGGCACGACGCUGACGAGGGAUAACUUUUUGGAAUGUAUGGAGCUGGCGGCUACUAUUGCGGAGAAGGGCUCCGAUGUGGCAGAGUGCUUCAUCAAGGCUAAGAGAAUGAAGGAACUGGUCGAGUGUUUUGCUGCCUGCAGCAAAGCUCUGGCCGUCGCAUCGGGGGAGAAGAAGGCGGCUAAUUCGAGUAGCAAGAAGCUACGUGAAAUGGGGUGGUCGCGGGAUCUUUGGUCCGUAAAGCACUAA